AGCGCAGCGGCCGAACGGCCGGUUCCGGCUGAAUGUCAGUACGGGGUUGUGGGCUGGGGAGGAAGGUGGUUGGCGGUAUCUCCACCACCCCCGCCUCUGCCUCCUCGUCUUGAGCUGCCCCGCGGGCGCCAGGCUGCUCCGCCGCUCGGGCAUGAGACCGUGAAGCAAACGUCGGGGCUGGGCCGCGGACAUGUUUGGCCGCUCGCGGAGCUGGGUGGGCGGGGGCCAUGGCAAGUCUUCCCGCAACAUCCAUUCCUUGGACCACCUCAAGUAUCUGUACCAUGUUUUGACCAAAAACACCACGGUCACAGAACAGAACCGGAACCUGCUAGUGGAGACCAUCCGUUCCAUCACUGAGAUCCUGAUUUGGGGAGAUCAAAAUGACAGCUCUGUCUUUGACUUCUUCCUGGAGAAGAACAUGUUUGUUUUCUUCUUGAACAUCCUGCGGCAGAAAUCGGGUCGCUACGUGUGUGUUCAGCUGCUGCAAACCUUGAACAUCCUUUUUGAGAAUAUCAGCCACGAGACCUCGCUCUAUUACUUACUCUCUAAUAACUAUGUAAAUUCUAUCAUUGUCCAUAAGUUUGACUUUUCUGACGAGGAGAUUAUGGCAUAUUAUAUAUCAUUCCUGAAAACGCUUUCGUUAAAACUCAACAACCACACUGUCCAUUUCUUUUACAACGAGCACACUAACGACUUUGCCCUGUACACAGAAGCCAUCAAAUUUUUUAAUCAUCCUGAAAGCAUGGUUAGAAUUGCUGUAAGAACCAUAACCCUGAACGUUUACAAAGUGGAUAACCAGGCCAUGCUGCACUAUAUCAGAGACAAAACUGCUGUUCCUUACUUCUCCAAUUUGGUUUGGUUCAUUGGGAGCCAUGUGAUCGAACUUGAUAACUGUGUGCAGACGGACGAGGAGCACCGGAAUCGGGGGAAACUGAGUGACCUGGUGGCUGAGCACCUGGACCACCUGCACUAUCUCAAUGACAUCCUCAUCAUCAACUGUGAGUUCCUCAACGAUGUGCUCACAGACCACCUGCUCAACAGGCUUUUCCUGCCCCUCUAUGUGUACUCGCUGGAGAAUCAGGACAAGGGAGGAGAACGCCCGAAAAUCAGCCUGCCGGUUUCUCUCUAUCUUCUCUCCCAGGUUUUCUUAAUUAUACAUCAUGCACCCCUGGUAAACUCCUUAGCUGAAGUCAUUCUGAAUGGUGAUCCGUCUGAGAUGCACGCUAAGACUGAGCAGGAUGUUCAGAGAAGCUCUGCCCAGCCCAGCAUUCGGUGUUUCAUUAAACCCACCGAGUCGCUAGAGAGGUCCCUUGAGAUGAACAAGCACAAGGGCAAGAGACGGGUGCAAAAGAGACCCAACUACAAAAAUGUUGGGGAGGAAGAAGACGAGGAGAAAGGGGCUGCCGAGGAUGGUCAAGAAGACGCCGAGAAGCCUAAAGGUACAGAGGGUGGUUCAAAAGGCACCAAGACGAGUGGGGAGAGUGAAGAGAUAGAGAUGGUGAUCAUGGAACGUAGCAAGCUCUCAGAAGUGACCGCCAGCACCUCCAUGCAGGAGCAGAACACCACGGACGAGGAGAAGAGUGCCGCUGCCACGGGCUGCAGCGAAAGCGUGCAGUGGAGCAGACCCUUCCUGGAUAUGGUGUACCAUGCCCUGGACAGCCCGGAGGAUGACUACCACGCCCUCUUCGUGCUUUGCCUCCUCUAUGCCAUGUCACAUAACAAAGGCAUGGAUCCGGAAAAAUUAGAACGAAUCCAGCUCCCGGUGCCAAAUGCAGCUGAGAAGACCACUUAUAACCAUCUCCUGGCCGAAAGACUCAUUAGGAUAAUGAAUAACGCUGCCCAGCCAGAUGGGAAGAUCCGGUUGGCGACACUGGAGCUGAGUUGCCUGCUCCUAAAGCAGCAAGUUCUGACCAGCAGCGGCUGCAUCAUCAAGGAUGUGCAUCUGGCCUGCCUGGAGGGCGCAAGAGAAGAAAGCGUUCACCUGGUGCGCCAUUUUUAUAAGGGAGAAGAAAUUUUUCUGGACAUGUUUGAAGAUGAGUACAGGAGCAUGACGAUGAAGCCCAUGAAUGUGGAGUACCUCAUGAUGGACGCCUCUAUCCUGCUACCCCCAACAGGCACGCCGCUGACAGGCAUUGACUUUGUAAAGCGCCUGCCCUGCGGCGAUGUGGAGAAGACCCGGCGGGCCAUCCGGGUGUUCUUCAUGCUCCGUGCCCUGUCACUGCAGCUGCGAGGUGAGCCCGAGACCCAGUUGCCACUCACGAGGGAGGAGGACCUGAUCAAAACCGAUGAUGUCCUGGAUCUGAAUAACAGUGACCUGAUAGCGUGCACAGUCAUCACCAAGGAUGGCAGCAUGGUCCAGCGAUUCCUGGCUGUGGAUAUUUACCAGAUGAGUUUGGUGGAGCCCGACGUGUCCAGGCUUGGCUGGGGAGUGGUCAAGUUUGCAGGUCUUCUGCAGGACAUGCAGGUGACUGGCGUCGAGGAUGACAGUCGUGCCCUGAACAUCACCAUCCACAAGCCUGCGUCCAGCCCCCAUUCCAAGCCCUUCCCCAUCCUCCAGGCCACGUUUGUCUUCUCAGACCAUAUCCGCUGCAUCAUUGCCAAGCAGCGCCUGGCCAAGGGCCGCAUCCAGGCCAGGCGCAUGAAGAUGCAGAGAAUAGCUGCCCUCCUGGACCUCCCAAUCCAGCCGGCAACCGAAGUCCUGGGGUUUGGGCUUGGUUCCACCACUCCCACCCAGCACCUGCCUUUCCGCUUCUACGACCAGUGCCGCCGGGGCAGCAGUGACCCAACAGUGCAGCGCUCUGUGUUCGCAUCCGUGGACAAGGUGCCAGACCUUCUCAACAACCUCCAGAGGAACAGUUCAUCAUUCUCCCUUUCCGAUGUGAGGAAACGAAGGUUGAAAGGAGUCAGCAAGCCCAGGGUCACUGCAGGUCCCCACUGAGGCUUUGAACUCUGUCUGCCCCGGGGCCAGACCCUAAGCCCCACCACCAGGUUGAACCAACCACCUCUGACUUCCCGACUGAGCUCUGACACAUCCAAAGUGAACUUUUCUUUUGAAGAGUUUAGAAAUAAAGACUCUGGAAGUAAAGGCCUAAACCACGACCUCCCAGGGCCUCACUGGUACUGGGCAAAACCACACUGCGGGUUCCAACUCUAUGCAUGUUUCAGGCAGAAAGUCAGUUCUGUUUUUGGAAGCAGGGGCUAUGGUUUGACCUGAAGACUUAACUGUGCCAGGCACUUUAUGUGCACUAAUUUUACCCUCUCAACAGCUCUGGAAGCUGGUGUCACUCAUCCUGCUUUACAGAAAGGAAACUGGAGGCCCUGGCCAAGGCCACACAGCUCACACGAGAGGGACCGAGAUCCGCACUCCACCUUCCCACCUUUGAGUCCAUUUGCUUCAAGGCUGGCUCUGGUAGUCACUGAGCUGCUUUACAUGUCCGCUCUCUGAGUGUCAGAGGUUGGCGGGAUGGACCCUCGUUGGAGGGAGCACACCUGGCCUAGCCUCAGUGUUCCCCAAACCCUUCUUCUGUAUCCACACUGGCACACUCCCUGUGCUCCGAGACCUCACCUCCUAAUGGAUCAACAACAACCUUCUCCCUUGCACAUCACUCUCCAGAAAGGCUAGCCAUAUAGCAGGAUGUGAGCUCAUUUCAAAGCUCUUCGUCCAAGAGACUGACCUUUACUGAUCAAUAGGGUAGGAAGUGUGGGGACCAGGCUCCCAUUCAGAAGUCAGCCCUCAGCUGAGUCUAAGGGGUCCCCUGCUUGCCAGGCCACUUUUGGGGCUCUCAAAGCAGCUGUGAAGAAAGCCUCACACACAGCCCCAGAGGUACCCACAUUCACGGAUCAGGGUCGACAAGGUUUUCUCGCUUGGAACACGCCCCAAAAAGACGCUUUACCAAUAGACACAAUAGCACUUGUUGUCUGAGGAGCCCUCCUCUUGCGAAAUACGGACACAUAACAGGCAGAGCCAGCUGUCAUGCCUCAGUUGAGAUUUUCCUGGGAGGUGGAGGCGGGAAGGAAAAAUAGUUCCAAAGAAUUGAGAAUUGCUUCACUUUUGGGGGUCAUUACCCCCGUCAUGUCCACAUACUUUGGACAUGUUAUCUAGAAGAACCAGUCCCUGGAGAAGGACAUCAUACUUGGUAACGUAGGAGGUCAGCAGAAAAGAGGAAGACCCUCAACAAGGUGGGUAGACACAGUAGCUGCAACAGUGGACUCAAGCAUAGCAACAGUGGUGAGGAUGUUGCAGGACUGGGCGGUGUUUUGUUCUGUUGUACAUAGGAUUGCUUUGAGUUGGAGCUGACUCAGUGGCACCUCACAACAGACUACCCCUCUCAGAGCACUGAAGUGACCAUGGGCCCUGAGCCUCUGGUCAGAGUGUAUCAGAGCGGGGAGCACGCGCCUUGUGGUCAGAAUGUACCAGAGUGGGGAGCACGUACCUGGCCACUUCAGGAAAGAGCUUGUGGAGCCCUGCAGGGAUGUGUAAGAAGACACCAAAACCCUACCGUUUGGUCUUGGCUAUGCCUAGCAUGUUCUGGAGGCUCUAGUGGGCCCAUUGUGAGGCAGCCUCAGAGGCAGCGAAGGAUGGGUGGGCCUGCACCAGCAUCACAGUGCCGGGCAAAUGGCACAGCUGCGGAAGCAACUCCUGCUGUUUCUCAUUUCCUGACUUCUUAGUGCAGGCCAAGCACAUUUAUCGUAAAACAAUUGGAAAGGAUGGAAAAGCACCCAGAAGGGUGCAGUCACUAAAUCUCGCCACCCUGAGGUAUUCAUGAAGUAAAAUCUGCUGUCCAUCUUUCCCAUGGUUCUUUGUGUUCACCUCUUAUAGGGCUUCUUUUCCCAGUAGUAGAGCCUGCCCAGGAGCAAGUCAGCAGAGUGAGGUGGCUGAGCAUAAUCCCUGGAGCCAGGCGUCUGGGUUCCGGUCCCAACCUCACCUUGUUCUGGUGUACUGCCUUGUGCCAGCUGCUUUCCUCUCUGGGCCUCAAUUUAUCCGUAUUAAAAACAGGAAUGAUAAUGUCACCUGCCUCAUCAGGUUACUGUGAGCAUUUGUUGUUGUGGAAUUGCCUUUAAUUCGUGGUGAUCUUACAUAUAACAGAAUGAAAUAUUGCCUGGUCCUGUGCCGUUUUCACAAUCGUUGGUGUGUUUGAGUCCAUUGUUGUGGCAUUUUGUCAGUCCUUCUUAUCGAGGGUUUCCCUCAUUGUUGCUGACCCUCUGCUUAACCAAACAUGGUGUCCUUUUCUAGUGAUUGGUCUUUCCUGAUGUCAUGUCCAAAGUAAGUGAACCAAAACCUUGCCAUCCUUGCUUCUAAGGAACAUUUUAGUUGUAUUUCUUCUAAGACUAAUUUGUUUGUUCUUCUGGCAGUCCACAGUACAUUCAUUAUUGUUCAUCAGGAUCACAAUUUGAAUGCCUCGAUUCUUCUGUUUUCCUUUCUCAGAGUCUACUUUCUGUGUGUACAUGAAGUGAUUGAAAAGACUAUGGCUUGGGUCAGGCAUAUCUUAGUCAUUAAAGUGACAUCUUUUUAUAACUUUAAAGAGGUCUUUUGUAGCAGAUUUGCCCAGUACAAUACAUAAUUUGAUUUCUUGACUGCUGCUUCCAUGGACAUUAAUUAUUGAUCCAAAUAGAGUGAAACUGUUGACAAAUUGAAUUUUUCCUCCAUUUAUCAUCAUGAUGUUUAUCGGUCCAGUUGUGAGGAUUUUUGUUUUCUUCGUGUUCAGGCAUAAUCCAGACUGAAGGCUGUAGUCUUUGAUUUUCUUCAGUAAGUGCUUCAAGUCAUCUUCAUUUUCGGCAAACAAAGUUCUUUCAUCCGCAUAUCGCCGGUUGUUAAUGAGUCUUCCUCCAAUCCUGAUGCCGUGUCCUUCUUCAUAUAGUACAGCUUCAUGGAUUAUUUGUUCAGCAUACAUAUUGAAUAAGUAAGAUGAGAGGAUACAACCCUGCCGCAUACCUUUUCCAAUUUUAAACCACACAGAAUCCCUCUUGUUCUAUUCGAGCAAGUGCCUCUUGAUCCAUGUUCAGGUUCCACAUGAACACAAGUAAAUGUUCUAGAACUCCCAUUCUUCAUAAUGUUGAUCCAUAUUUGAGUAUAAAAUGAGUUCACUCAUGUGAAAUGCCUACAACAAUGCCUGGUACAUAUAAAGUAUUCAAUAAAGGUCAGCUGCUCCCAGCAUUAUUAUUUUUGUUAUUAGUUAGGAGCUAACCCUUGGGGCCUCAAAAUAACAGGUUCACUUUUAUAUACAUUCAAUCAGUUCGCACCAAAAAACUGAUAAUCCAAUAGUCCCUUCUGCUGCAGAUACCAAAGACAUUUGCAGUUGUAUAAAUUUGCUCUUUUCAGAAGUGCUUCCAUUAGCUACCAAUACAACCCUGGUGUGGUAGGCUAGGCAGACAUUUCCUCCUUCUGCAGAAGCAGCCAUGAGCAAUCAGGUUGUGUGGUUUGUCUGAGGCCCCCCAGUUCGUAGAGCCAGAGCUAGGGCCAGGGAAGAACUAAAAUUCGUCUCCUGCAGCCCCCAACCCAGCACACAUCUCCUCCUGGUGAUAGUAGUUGUGGCACUGCUUGAGCCAGGCCACUCCCACAGAACCUCAGGGCAGCUCUGGGAAGCAGGUGCCCCUGCUCAGUCUACAAAUCAGGACGCCCUAGCUCCAAGGACAGCCACAUCCUCCCCGCAUCACACUGUUCCAAGUCCAGGCUGCGCUCGAACCACGUUGUCUCCUUCCCAUCAAGGAACCACAGUGUCUUCAGGUCUGAAGAUUACCCAGUGGUAGGGUACCUGGUGGAGUUGGUUGUGCCUUGGGAGUCCCAUGCCCCAUUGCAGUAGGGUCCUUCCGUUAUGUGAGCCCAGAGCGUGGAAACCAGCCAACAACAUGACUGUCCUCUGUGGGUACAAGUCUCUGCAUCUAAGAGAGAGCCCAUCAGAUCAUUUCAAGAAGCUUUGUGAGCUGUUUCCCUGUUGAUGCUUUUUUUGUUUCUGAGUCAUUGUUUUAUCAACUCUUAAGUCCUCAGUAGCAGACAAGUGAUAGCAAAUGCCAUGGAUCAAAGGCUCAUUUACAGGAGAAAACCAAGAAACUGACAACAUUCUAGCCGUUAAUUUAUCUGUGAAUUGAGAAAAGACCACCUUGAUUUUAUUUUUGCCUUAGAAUAUCUCUGACUAGCUCAAGGAACCCAGGGUUCCCCCUGGGACAGGAUUUGAGAACCACUUUCCAGGAGCUUUCCAAGAGCUAGUCAUAGUGCCCGCCUUGGACUCCAAGAGAUCGAGAUGGCCAAGUAAAGUGGCAUUGCUGAGGAUGUAUACGGCCUGAAAGGAGAGUUAGUUGAUUCAUGAGGGCCACUAGGAAUGAGAAGAACCAAAUCAGAAGAUACGAUGGGACAAAAUAAUUGUGCUGACUCUUCACAGAGAGGCAUAAGCCGUAGGGUCCUCCGCACAACCCUUUCCUUUAUGCCUUGAGCUGGCCCUUCCAGGCAUGUCAGCUGUGGAGGCUGGGAUAGAGGACCGCUGUGUGAGAUGGUCUAGAAGGAAGGGGCAGAGGGUGGCUGGCGUUUUUAAAAGGAACUUUAAAAAUUCCGAGAAAGUUAUAUGACAGAUGUACUAACCAGGGUCAGAAAAGGGAGGUUUAUUCAGGAAGUACUUACUAAAGCUUUUGUGAAUCAUAUGAAUGCAGUGCCACGUGCUGGGCAUGCAGAGGUGGACUGGAUGGGGACAGGCCAAGAUAACCAGGAGGCAGGCACAGGGAGCAAUUCAGGGGGCUUUGGCAUCCCAUCCAGAGGGCACAGCGGUGUGAAGGCAUGAGGGAGCAGGGCUGAGGGGAGGGGAGUGAGGAGAGACAGGCUGGAGAGCCAGGCGGGUUCAGAUGUGAAGAGCCACGUAGGCCUCCUGGAGGAGGCAGCCCAAAGUAGGCACUAUAAUUAGGUCUUGGAAAAUGAUAAAGUGGUUCUCAAACCCUGUUCCAGAGUGAAUCCUGGGCUCCUUGAGUCAGAGAUAUUCUAAGGCAAAAAUCAAACAAAGGUGGCCUCUUCUCAAUUCACAAAUAAUCCCAAAGUACCAGGAAGCCAUGGAAGGUCCUAAAGCAAGGAAUGAGGACUCAAGGGACAUGGGUGGCAGGAUGGAUAGGCUAGAAUCGGGAAGGGCCGGCAGAGCAGAGGUCAGGGGAGGGGGGAGCGCACAGGACAGACGCAGGCAUACUCGGCCCUCACUGUGCCCUCACCACCUGGACAGCACAGGACGAGGCGCCAUCUAAUGAAUAAGUGGGGGAGGCUAGAGAUGUGCCAUCCCAUCAUGGUGGGGUGGGGUCUGGCUCUGAAGUCGGUCUCUGCUCUGCACCGUCACCUCAUGGGCCACCCAUAGGUUCCCGGAGAGGCAAUAAGGACCAAGAUGCCAGCUGGGGUGGAAGGCUUUCCCGAUGGACGGUUCACGCCGUACUUAAAAGGCCCCUCUGUAGAGGCAGCCCCCUCUUUACCUUGGCAUGUACCCUUCUAUGCCUUUCUCUGAUCAGUUACUUGUUGUAUUUGUACUAUAGUAUUAUGCAACCUUUUUUUUUUUUUUUUUAAUUAACUGACUACUACUUUCACUCAACAGUCUCUCGGAGAUUUUUGUCAUUUGAGUUCAUAAGCAGAGUAAUCCAUCAUCUGGGCCAACCACUGUUUAUUUAGCCAGGCCCCUACUGACGGAUGUUCUGUGUGUGGCCAAUUCUUUGUCCUUAAUAAAUAGCAAGCACCUCCGAGCCUUUAUGCAAGGGUUUCCAUAGGGUAAGUAACCAUGACAUGAAUCCUAAGAGGAUCUGGUGACCAGUGAAGUAUGUAGGAAGAGGCAGUAGGAAAGCACAAGACUAGGCAAGAUAUCAGUGAGCCUCAGUUUCUCUCUGAAUGGUCUCUGUGCAUUUAGCUAGCGAGGGCAUUUUGAUGAUCCUGACUUCUGACCCAGAAAAAUCCUUGCAGCUUACUGAUAUCCUUCUGGUCCAGGAGGCUGUGAUGACAAGAAAGAUCCCCAGGAGCUGGGGGCUGGCCCACCCAUGGUCUGACUUGUCAUCCCAGUGUCAGAGCCACUAUGUCAGAGCCGCCACUCGAUUCUGCUCCUGCCUCCUGGCACCUCUGCUUUUGGAGAUCCCUUUCUCUCUGUACCAGCAUACUAGAAAUACGGUACAGCUUCCUGGAUUUGUGGCUGUCCCACCAUGACAUUUUGUAUAAACGUGCUUCUCUCUAAUAAUACAUACCUCUUUUUUUUUUUUUCUUUUAACAUCUCAAAUCCCCGAAGGCGUGAGAGUCAAUAUCUGAGUGUGACAGGACUGGCUGUUUUGUGGCAUCUAUUCAGACUUCAAAAGCUGACUUCCUUAAGCCCCAAGUCAUCACAAAAACAUCUUCCAGAGCACCUGGAUUGGGGGUGAUCAGUUGUUUACUCUGUCUCCACUGCUCCCUGCUGUGGGCACAAGUGGUUGAAAGCCGCCUCCCUUGGUUUCCAUGUUGAACAUGAGAAAUUCAUAGCAUGACUCUGGGAGUCGAUGCUUCUUUGCAGUCAUUCCUCCACGACAUUUGUUACUUGCCGAAAGCUCGGUAUACGUGAUGCAUUUCUAGCAUUGCAGGGUUUUUGUAAGCACCCAGCAUAAGGUUCCAAACCAAAAAACCAAACCCAUUGCCAUCAAGUUGAUUCAGAUUUAUGGCAACCCCAUGUGUGACAGAGUAGAUCUGAGCUCCAUAGGGUUUUCUUGGCUGUAAUCUUUGCAGAAGCAGAUUGCCAGGCCUUUCUUUUGUGGCACCGCUGGGUGGAUUGAAACCACCAACCUUUGGGUUAGUAGUUGAGAACAAACCAUUUGUGUCACCCAGGGAUCUAAGCAUAAGGUUAAGUCCCAUUUACUGAAUCCCAGCUAUGUGCUAAAUACUAAGCUAGUUAGUUGCUUUGCAUAAAAUAAGGAAAUAAAUUUGUGAAAACUGUAGGGUUAACGAUUUUUGCAUCUGAGGCAAGCAAGACUCGAAAAGCACAGCUACUUGCCUGGAGUCCCAGAACUGGUAACCAGGGAGAGAGCCUGCCUUCAGACUCUGCUCUACCAACUGCACAGGCCUGCCUUCCUCUAAUGGUUCUUGGGAAAAACGUUACCUCCUGCCCACAGACCUUCCCUUUCCUGCUAAAUUCAUCUGAAGGCUCUGUGGAGCUUCUGGUGGGAAGCCACCCUUUGUUGUGGCUUCCCGAGCCUUGCUUUCUUGACAGGCCCACAGUCAGGCCUCUCAGCACGCUUGGUUUCCGUGCACACUUGGCCUCCAGGACCAAACACGUCCUUGUAAGCUGCAGGGCAGCCAGGGGUCAGGAAGAGUUGAUGUUAAUAAAAGGAGCCUUCCCCAAAAACUGCCACCCCAGCCCUUAGUAACCUAGAGAGUGCUCUGAAACAGUUGACAUUUAUAAAAUCUUAAGAGUUUUGGAAAAAUGUGUUUUUUGCCAGAUUUCCAGGCUGAUGCCAGAGGGAAAUGCGCACCAGCUCAGAGCAGCAUUCUGGGGUCUUGAAACAGUACCCAGGCCUGGGGGCCCAUGACCCACACACCGUCCUAUCUCCCUGACCUCUUCACCCCAAGCCCAUCCAGUAGCAACUUCUCUCACCACUGAGUCUAGCAGAGGGACCCUUCAUGGCGUCCCAGCACAAGACGCUCACAGGAAGCUGCCAGACCUGAGCCGUUUUAAAAGCUACUGUCAUUUUAGCACCUACUGUGUGCCAGGUAUAUGUCAUAGUGCUAUUUCAACCAUGCCACAACUCUGCCAGUGACAUGCAAUAAAGAGAUGGGGACACAGACCCCGGAGCCAGACCAUCAGGGUUCAAGUCCCCACUUGACCAUGGAGCUGUGUGAUGUUGAGAAGUUCUUUAAAGCCCCUGAGCCUCAGUUUCCUCUUCUAUAAAAUGGGGCUAGUGAUGGGGCCCACCCCAUGUGUUGUGGUGAGGGCUGAACACCUGGAAAGCCUCUUAGAGCCAAGCCAGCACUCUGUUGGUGUAUACCAGCCAUCAUAAUGCCAUAUUACCAUUAGCAAUGAGCACCAUUACCAAUGCUCAAGGGGCAAAGCAGCCUGCCUAGUAGGACAGCUCGCCCGGCUCCUCCAGGCCACUCGUCAGGUGCUGUGCUCACAAAUAUUCUAGCAGGUGUUCUCGGGCUCUGCCACCAUGUGACUGGCACCAGGCAAGAGGACUUCUAGGCACCUGUUCAACUGAAGUUGUCACCAGAGAAGGUGCCCUCUGGAGCUUCAUCAUGUGUUCAGCCAGUGCAUACUGAGCACUUCUUGGGGGCAUCCCCAUGUAGGCCCUAGUGCAGCUAUCAGCCUACAUGGAGGAGGCAGGCAUGUAAACAGGACAGCUGCUAUGCAGGAGAUAAUGGGGCCGGGGGUCCCUGGCAGGGUGCAUUUCGCAGAGGGUCCAUGUAGCCAGAACAGAGGGAGGGAGGGGCACAGGGCAGGAGAGAAGGCCACUGAGAUGGGCAAGGCCAGACCAAGGGGGCCAGGAAGGCCACAGGGUUGUGGCUUUCAUCCUAAGGGCUCUGACGGACUUUAAGCAGGGGGCAUGGCUUGAGCUGAGUUCACUGAAUAAUGAGAGAGGACUGGAUUGGAGACAGCCACACAGGGCCAUUUGGGCCCCCCAAAAGCCGAGGGCAGCUGGACAGAGUAGGGAUGGUGACAUGGUCAGCGAUGGGCUUGAGUCUGAUCCUGCCUGGCAUUGGCAGAUCUGCUCUAAGGAUGGCACUGACUCCAUACAUUCCACGGCACUUCCCCAUUCAUGGUUUCAGUCACCCCAUGAAGGGAGUGUGCUCACCCCCCUCUGACAGAGGGAAACCAAGGCUGGAGAGUUGAGGUGACAGGGUCAGGUCACAGAAGGAAGAGACAGUGUGCUUUGCUCUUUGCCCACUGAGCAUUCCUCAGGUCGAAAUGUCUCAACAGCUAGGGUUCCUCCAAAGGGGAGUGUGUGUGGAUGUUCACUGUACUGCCAGUACCAUGUUGAGUGUCUUCCCACCCAAACCCGAAGAAGGAGACACUCUUGCUAUCUGCACUUAUCAGGGAGAAGGCCCGAGGCCCAGAGAGGUUAAGUAACUUGCCCUACGUCACACAGUGGUAAGCAGUGCAGCUGAAACCCAUAGUCUGACACCACAGUCUACUCAGCCCGGUGUUCAGAGAUCCUCCUCGGGGCUAGGACCUGAAGAAAUUCUUGGCCUCACCCUCGGGAGAGCUGAGACACCAUGAUCUCAACCACACACACACACCUCCACAUGUGGUUCCUGAGCCCCUGCCUUCACCGGCAGACCAGAGAGGGUUUUCUGUGCAUGCCUGUCAGAACCAAACCAAAAACUAAACCCAGUGCCUUUGAGUCGAUUCCGACUCAUAGUGACCCUAUAGGACAGAGUAGAACUGCCCCAUAGAGUUUCCAAGGAGCGCUUGGUGAAUUUGAACUGCCGACUCUUUGGUUCACAGCCGUAGCACUUAACCACUACGCCACCAGGGUUUCCAUGCCUAUAAGAAGUACUGAUAAAUCAGGUCCCAGAUGCUCGUGCUUGGCCAGCAGCACUUUGAAACCUAGGAGGCUAUGACUCUGCCCUUUGAGAUCCAGGAGAGCAUGGCCCCACCCUUUGAAACUGAGAAGGCCCUGCUUCCCAUGCUCCUUCUAACAAUUCUGCUGAUCUCUGAGCUUCUCCAGGGAUGGGCCUUUUCUUUUCUUGGAGGACAACAGAUGGAUAACAGAUGUAGCUCCUUCAGCCUGUUUUCUGCCUGUAGAAUUCCAAGAGGCAGACAGCAUUCUUUCCUUUCAUUCUUUCUUUCCCCUUCAGUGUAAGCUGAUGGAUUUUCUGCUGUGGUAGUUGGUUAGAUCCAUCACAGGCUUAAUCUCUUUAACAAAAGGUUGCGAAGCCCUGUCCUUGGUGAACAUUCUAGGACACGUGUCCUUAGUUUGUGCAACAGAAUUUUCCAAAUCUUUAAGUUCUGUUUUCAUUUUUCAGUCCAUCUCUUUCCUCUCACAUUUUACUAUAAGCAGCAAGGGGAAAUCAUCCAGCCCCUUUAGGAUCUUGCUUAGAAAUCUUACCAGCCAGUUACCCAAGUUCAUCACUUACGAGUUCUACCUUCCAUCAAACAUUUGAACGUAAUUGGCAAGUUCUUUGCCACUACAUGAAAAGCAUCACCUUUCCUCCAUUGUCCAGUCACAUGUUCAUCAUUUCCUUUUAAAAGUCACCAGAAGCACCUUUAACAUCCACAUUUCUAGCGACAUUCUGUUGGCUGGUGUCAUAUGUAUUCUCAAAAACGAUGGAUACUUUCUCCAUAGCUCUCCUCACUUCCUUCUGAGCCCUCAUCAGAAUUGCCUUUGACAUCCAUAAUUCUACCAACAGUCUCUUCAAGGCAAUCUAGGCUUUUACUGUUAAAAAAAACCAUUGCCGUCAAGUUGAUUGCAACUCAUUGCGACCCCUUAUAGGACAGAGUAGAACCGCACCAUAGAGUUUCCAAGGACCGCAUGGUGGAUUUGAACUGCCGACCUUUUGGUUAGCAGCCGUAGCACUUAACCACUACACCAUCAGGGUUUUCAGGCUUUUACUAUUAGACACCUUAAAACUCUUCCAGCUUCUACCCAUUACCCAAUUCCAAAACCACUUCUAUAUUUUAGGUAUCUAUUUGUUAGAGCAGCACCCCGCUUUUACGGUUGCAAAUUCUGUCGUAGUUAUCUAGUGCUGCUAUAACAAUAUCACAAGUGAAUGGCUUUAACAAACAAGUUUAUUUUCUCACUGUUUAGGAGGCUACCCAGAAACCCAGUGCCAUCGAGUCGAUUCCGACUCAUAGCGACCCUAUAGGACGGGGUGGAAUUGCCCCAUAGAGUUUCCAAGGAGUGCCUGGCAGAUUCAAACUGCCGACCCUUUGGUUAGCAGCUGUAGCACUUAACCACUAUGCCACCAGGGUUUCCAUUAGGAGGCUAGAAGUCCGAAUUCAGUGUGCUGACUCUAGGGGAAGCCCUUCUCCCUCUCAGCUCUGGAGGAAGGUCCUUGUCUCUUCUGAGCUUCUGCUCCUAGUCAAGCCUCAUGUGGCUUGGGGCAUCUCUUUCCCCAUCCCUGCUAGCUUGUUUAAUCUCUUUUAUAUCUCAAUAGUGAUUGACUGAAAAUACACCCUACAUUAAUCCUGCCUCAUUAACAUAACGAAGAACCCAUUCCCAAAUGGGAUUAUAAACACAGGUAUAGAAGUUAGGAUUUACACUAGGUAUUUUGGGGAGACAUAAUUCAAUCCAUAACAGCCAGGUUGUAGGCUCAUCUGGCAUUUGGCAUAGUUAGGGGUAAAUGGGUUUGCAAUUCCUUGUUAGGAGUUAUAAUCAAAACUAGGCAUAAGAGCAAAGAUAAUGUUCUAAAGUUAAUUGUGAUGGUUGCACAAGUCCGUGAAAGUACUAUAAACCCAUGAAUCGUUGCACUUUAAGUGGGUGAAUUGUACAGUAUGUGAAGUCUAUCUCAAUAAAGCUAUUGUAUUUUUUAAAAACUAGUUCUAAACUAGUCAGGCUCACAAAGCUGUCAUCUCUUUCUGAAGACCAGAUUAUCUGAUUUGUGUCCCAUUUUUGAUUAUAAAAUAGCCAGAUUUAUGCAACGUUUUCCUUAAAGCGGUCCAAAUAGGAAAAGGAAAAAUUGGAACCAGCAGCACAUUCCGGGUUAAUUUGGAAACCUCGAUGCGAUCCAGACUCACCUGGCGCUCUUCCUCAUCCCCAGAACUUAUCUUUUUUCCAUUUCUUUUUGACUUUGAAAAACAAAAGUCUGUUCUUACGGGUAAAAUAGGCUCCUGUUCCCUUUUCUUUCCUGUAAAUUAUGAGAUAAGUUUGCAUUUUGUACCUUUCCAGAAGUCUCUGUUAAUUGUGGUCUGACCUCAGCGUCAAGACUUGUGGGAAAGAACAGAGAUAUUAGAAUCACUGCUGUGAGCUUUUGCUGCAAACCCCUGAAGUGCAGUGAGCAGCCUGUGCUGUGGAUUUGAGACAGAAGACAGGUGAGCAGCACCUACUUGUUGCUCCGGAAGUUACCUCCUGGUUCUGGUAGAUGCUAUGCUAGAAGCUUUGUCCAGCUCACUCCAGUGACUUUUUAAAAACUAUGGUCCCAAAUGUUCCAUGUUAUUUCUUGGAGAUAAUUAGGGCUAGUUGUGCUCCUGUUUUCAUGUGGCAGAAACUGGUGAAGUGCUUCGGGAACAAAUGCUCAGGCACCUCGCUUGUACUAAAAAACCAAAAAACACCACCGUUGCCAUCAAGUCACUUCCAACUAAUAGCAACCCUACAUGAGCUUGAACUACAAAUUAAUACAGAAUAGAACUGUGCUCCAUAGAAUUUUCUUGGCUGUAAUUUUUAUGGAAGCAGAUUUGCAGACCUGUCUUCCGUGGCACACUAGGUAGGUUCACACUGCCAACCUUUAUGUUAGCAGACAAGUACAAACCACUUGUGCCACCCAGAGACCUUCUGAUAAUACCAGCCUCCAUUUAUUGAGCAGUUACUGCAUACUACCACAUACCGCAUACUACAUACCAGCCACUGUGCUAAGAACAGUUGCAUAUAUUCUUCUCACUUAAUUUUCACAACAAUGAAUGAGGUAGGGAUUAUUUUCCUCAUAUUACCAGUACCAUUUGCCAUCGAAUUGACUCCAGCUCGUAGCAACCCCAUGUGUGUCCAAGUAGAACUGUUCUCCAUAGAGUUUUCAAUGGCAGAUUUUUUGGAAGUAGAUCACCAGGCUUUUCUUCCAAGGCACCUCUGGGUGGACUUGAACCUUCAACUUUUUGGUUAGCAGCCAAUGUGUUAACUAUUUGCAUCACCCAGGGAAACCAAAGCUUAGAGCUACUGUCCCCAUUACACAGCCAGUAAGCACAGGACUAUGAUUCAAACCCAUGUCUGUUUGCCGACAAAGCCCAUGCCUGUAACUUGUGUGUGUGUGUGUGCGCGUGUGUGUGUAUGUGUGUUUAAGGUGAGAAUUUACAGAGCAAAUUAGGUUCCCACACAAAUUAUUCAGUGAUAUUGGUUACAUUUUUCCCAGUGUGUCACCGUUUUCAUUCCUCCCAUUCUGGUUGUACCAUUUCCAGUUCUCUAGUGCUCCUGCCCCUUACCUUCUCAUCUUUGCUUUAGAGUAAUUUUUUACCAUAGAUGAUUUUCUUUAAAGAAGCUCAUUACUCAUGGGUGAUAGUCUAUUUUAUGAGCCAAUCUGUUGUCUAGCUAAAAGGUGACCUCAAAGGAUAAUUUCCGUUUAGGGUUUAAAGAGUAACUUAGGACGAUAGUCUCAGGAAGUCCUCUAGUCUCAACCUGUCCAGUAAGCCUGGGCUUUUUAAGAAUCUGAGCUCUGUUCCACAUUUUUCUCCUGUUCUGUAAGGAUGCAUCUAACAUGGCCCUGAUCAGAACAGUCAGUAGUGCCCUGAACUCUUUGUUGUACCACUACUACUUACUUAUCCCCAGCGUUGAGACUCCCUGACCAGUGCUCAGUGCUCCCUGUCUCCCACCUGGAGGAUGGCAGUGCAAGCACAACGUCCUCAGAGGACUGGGAACCGCUCAGAGAAUGAGGACACUUUCGGCACCUUUCCCUGCGCGCGACAAUGUUCCAAAAUGCCUUCCCUUUUGUGGUGGGUGAUGCACCUUCAGCACAGCCCAGAGUGGCACCACAGAGAAGCUCCGGCACUUCUGUGUGGGAGGCAGGAUGUACCUCUGUCCAAAGAAGUGCUGUCAUGAUUAUUUAUUAAUUGUGAAAGGGAAGGGAAAAAAAUAAUAAUAGGGUUUCCUGGAAAGGGAUAAAAGUUCAAUAUGAUAAACUCCCGAAAAGCAAUCAAAGGCCAAAGAGGGCAGAAAAAUAAAGGACAGAGAGAGUAAGAGAGAUGAUGAAUCAAAGUGGCAAGUGUGUUAGCAGAGGCCACAGGAGGGGCUGUAUUUCAUUGCUAUGGAGGUGAGGACCGGCUCUGCUGAGCCAUCAGCGCCAUCACACCGGCGGCGGCAGCAGCGAGUCAGGGUGGCGGUGAUGGUGGGGACUCGGGGGACUCGGCCCCAGGAGAUCUCCAAGGCCCCAGGCCUGGGGAUGAGCUGACAAUGACAGGAAUAGAUGGAACCAGCUGACUCUAUUGCUAUUACUGCAAACCCAUUGUAUUAAUUUUAUAUGCAUUAAUACAUGGAGGUAAAAAAUUAUAAAUGAAAACUGUAAAGCUACAGGAAGAAGAAUGCCCACAAUGACGGUCCUACCACCCCAGAAACAAGCAUCGUUAAUAUUUCAGUUUACUUCCCAUCUGUGUAUGUAUCUCUCUCCCCUCCCCUGCGCUUCCCACCUCUCUCCUCCCACCACCCUCCUCCUCUUUACCUCCUCCUUUUCCUCUCCUUUUUAUUAUUUUGCUUAAUUUUUAGGUACCAAAGAAAUAUGUGAGUUUCUUCUUCCUUUAAAAAAAAUUAUAAAUGAGGCCAAAGUCCCCUUUGACCACUCCCCUCCAGCCCCUUGCCAGAGGUAACCACAGUUAUCAGGGGGCUUAUCUCUCUCCAGACCCUUUUCUGUACAGUUGUAUUCCAUGUGUACCCAUGGACAGGUCCACAGCCCCUAAUCUUCAAUUCUGAAACCCAGACAGCUCUGGAAACCAAAAGAUUUCUUCCAAACUCAUUUGGUGGCAGAAUCUGCCCUUGAACUAUUUGUGGGCUGUUGAGAGGGGUUGUCAGUGCCACUUGCAGCGAAUAUGCAAGCACCUUUCCUGCAGAAACUUCCCGUGUUUGGUUUUAGCUGCUCAGGACCUAGCGGAGGAUGUGACAAUGUAUACAUUCCACAGAACCUUUUUAAUGCCUGAAGAUUCAAAUUCCAGAACACAUCUGCCCCCAAGGGUUUAGGAUAAGGAAUAUGAAUCUGUCUUGUUUUGUGGAUCGGGCCGUCUUUAUCUUUUUUAAUCUAAACAGAAUCAUAAUUCUGUGUAGCAUUCUGCAGCUUGAUUUUUUCCAGUCACCCAUGGGGACCAGAGCUCUCCGUGUGUUAGCAUUGCAGAUUUUGCACAUUCCUUUUCGGGGCUGCAUCUACUCCCCGGUAGGCAUACUGACAUUUCUUUGGCUGAGCAUUUCGGUGGAUUCCAGGCUUCACUGUCAUGGGCGGAGAUGCAGAGGGCAUCCUCAAAUGUGCCACCCUGGGCUUCGUGCAGCCCUUUCUCCUGGAAGUUCCAGGAGCAGAACAGCAGGGCCACGGGGUUUGUUUUUAACAACGUUGUCAUCGCGUCAUACGCUUCUCCUUGUGCUACAGCGUGCCUCUUCAUAAACUCCAUUGUUGAGGGCUACCUAAUAGUCCACUGUCUGGAUUAGCCAAAAUUUACCUAGGCGGUAUCUCACAUUGGCCAUUUAGAUGGUUUCUGUGACAUCAUGAAUAGCCCAGUGCUGAACACUUUUAUACAGAAAUCUUGGUGUUUCCAAUUAUUCCUUUAGAUUGGAUUCCUUUAGGGUCAAAGGUAGCGUCCCUAUUUAAGGCUCUUGAUAGCAUCUUGCCAAGUUGCUUUCCGGAAAGCAGAGCGGGAACGCCCACCUGGCCAUGCCCAGACCCAGCAUUUCACCCAAAAGGGUCUCCCUUCAGAGAUGCAAGCUAGCAUGGUGCUUCAGGGCAAAGCCAUCUUUCCGUGCGUGUGCGCCCGUAUGCUGUUCACAUGGGCACAUGCAUCUUUUCUGUCUUAUUUCUAUUUUAUAUCAUAUUCUUGCCAAAGACAGAGAGUACACAAGUUAACAGCACAGUAGAAACCAUAGCUUACAAUGUCUGUUUAGGGCAUGUUCCCUUGCAACCGCAUAUAAGGAUAAAGAUUUCAGAAAUACGGGCUCUCUGGACAUGAGGCAUUAAAUCAAUCAGUGAAAUUUCACUCUCAGGGCAGCUUGCCAAGUGAGACCGAGAGAGAAGUAAGUUCUCUGAUUCAGUGGAGUCCGUAAAGCCCACGGUAGCCUCCAUCAUCCCCCUGCUUCGGGAGGCAAUCAAAUAAUGAGCACUCAGCUGCUCCAGGGAGGGGUCCUCAAGGGCAGCUCAAUGCCAGCUGACCUGAUGGCUUUUGGGGGGAAAUUGUGAGAGCUAGGGGCAGAUAAAUACCCCGGGAAGCUGGAGCUUAACUAUGGGAACUUCAGAGAACUGGAGGCUUUGUAUGCAUGAUGAACAAAGGGACAGGGCUGGGUGCUUGAGUAAUCCAGCAUUGGAAGGCAGACGCCUAACUCAGCAAGGAGUGGGCCAGCGCUGCCCGCCAGCUUAGUGCAACGACCAGAGAGCAGGAUGCAGGGAAGGCUAAAUUUAGCCCACGUUUCAGGGGAAAACAUCGAUCUCAAAUGUAGUGCUGUCUUUUAAAGGAAAGUGGAAGCUGUAGGCCAGUCAUUUGGGACAAUUUCACUUGAACAGAUAAAAGCCCAGGAAAAAUGAAUGAUUGUAACCCGCUUGUCCUGCUAGAAAUCUAGAGAAUCUUCGUUUUGGCAGGAGGGUUAUUGGUUUCUGCAUGGGCAUGAUGGAUGGUCCAUUCCCCCUUCCUUGUUUGUUCCCAAGAAAAGGUGCUGCCCUGUUUUCUGGAAAGAUUGGAGAUUUAUGUUUCCAGUCGCAAAUGUUCAUCUUCACAGGAGCGACACCCAGUCCAGGCCUCGGUGUUUGCUUGGCUGUUGGCCGGUUUCUGUCAUCUGAUGUGUUCCAUGUGUCCCGAGCAGAGGCACCACCAGUCCCUCUCCCAGUUGUUGGUAGCUGAGCACAAGGCAUCUGGUGGCUGUGGACAGUUUUUUGAACCAGGCACUUCCAGCAUGCGUGCACACAGCCUCUCGGGCGUUGUUUCCCCUGCCCAAAGCCAAGGGACCCACACACAGUCCCUCACAAUAGCCUUCUGGCCUGUGACACUGCAGCAGCCUCACUUGUCUGUGGCAACAGUAUCUUUCCUGUGGCCUCCCUCUGACACUGCUGUCUUGUCUGGGAGGGGAAGAAAGUCCAGCCUGUCAAUAUUUGGGGUACUAAUUACCUGCAUUCAGAUAUCAGGGGUCACAGGAAGGCCGAGACAUUUCCAGGAAUUCUUGUCUCUAAAAUGUGGGGCUGACCAUAAAGAAGUUCCAGAAAGGAUGUGAAAGAAAGAAGCCCAAACCUCAACCCCACCCCAUGCUCCAGCCCUGAGCACUGUCCAUUGUGUCUUGGGUUCUUGGGAAGAAAUGAAGUCAACACACACGGUGGUACGGGUCCAAGUUAAUAAUAAAUGUGGAGGAAGGAGAGAGGAUGUUCAAUAUUUAAACAUUUCAGAGCGCUGAGUUUGUUUUGCCAGUUACUGCCCUCUGCCUGCUUCCCGGAUGGAUUCUAUAAACCUGAGCCUUUUCUCCCUAACACUGCCGCUGGCAUCUGACGUCAGUAAUUUUCACAAAGGGGAAACGGUUCCUUUUCUAGGCAGCCCCAAACUGGCAGGGUUUCUUCUUGUUUCUGUUACCUUUCUUAAAGGAAGGAAGAGCAACAAUGUGGAAACUAAAGUCUUUAUGAAUCUUGGAGCACUCGAAAGGAGUUUCUAAGCUUUGGGGUCAUGUCUACAGUUGUCUUCAUUUCCCGUGUUGGCUUCUCCUAGAGCUUUCUUGUAUUUUACUAUAAAUUUUGUGCUCUGCUUCUUACCUGUAACAGAAAAAGAGCCUUAACAAUGAGACGCCCUGGCCACGUUUAGGAAAUGUCUAUCCAAGUAUACAUACUAGAUAGGUUCCUUAAAAGUUGGCCUAUAAUGCUGAAUUCUGUGAAUCAAUUCCUUUUUUCUUCUUGACACACGUUAUAUAAAAGGAAAAGCAUUCCUUUGAGGGGAGGAAAAAGCAUUUGGCCCCAAGACGUAAUAAAAUCAUGCCUAAGGAUGCAGCAAACUUUAAGUCUUGUAGUUAAAGGAAAUCAAUACUUUUAUGAUGAAAUAUUAAUAAUACUAAAAAAAAAAGUCAAAACUACAAAUGCAGAAUAGCCUGGGUGAUUUUCACAUUGAAUGCGUUAGCUUAGCAUUUGCAAGGAAACACAAAAGGAAGGCAGAUCAAACUGUAGCCCAGCUGAGAAGGCCCUCAACCCUUCAUAAGCCCCUUUUUUCAUGGGUUUUCCAUGAAUACACACACCUCUCCCUAAAUGCCCGGAUGUGUUUCCAAGCAUUUUGUUGAAGAUGCUGACUUACGGAAAUGAAAAGAUGAGCCUAAGCUGGAGAGGAGCAAACAUGCAUGUCCAGACACGCAUAGGCUCGCACACGUGCACACACCCACACGUUCAAGCACUUGCAUGUGCACACGUGUGCAUCCACACUGACAGCAGGGGGCCAGGUCCUGAGGCAAAGAGAAAGGGAGAGCUAGGGAAAGCCACUUCUUUGGACACACAGCCAGCUGUUUUCCUUGGUCCUCAUCUUCUGCAGAUUGUUCCAGUGAAGAUCUGUGAGGGCCAUAUUCAAACUAGGCUGAGCCACACGCAGCUGCCCUUGUUGUAGUCACCUUGGUUGAAUGGUGGCAGGUUCAUACAGUUCAACCUAACAUAUUCAACUCUCUUGCAAAGAAAUAUUAGCAAAUAGAACACAGUUCUGUUUGUGCAAUGUGUAACGUAUGCACACUGGUGUAUGAGAAGCACCAAAGGGGAUGGGAAGGAGAAUCUCUGCAGAUAGGGAGCCUCCUGCCUCUACCACAACCUCAGAGCCCUAGUAGUGAGGGAAGGGACAUCAUGUGGGUCUUGAACUCAAACAUAACAGAUAAUUCUAAGAAUUUUUGUGAAAAUAUAAUAAAUCUAUUUUCUCAUCACUGAUUUUAUAUAGAUUCUUUAAGCUUAGGUAUUUAAAGUUACUUUAGAAAAGCUCUCUCGUGCCUCUCUUGUUUAACCCCCAAAACAUUUAGUCACACUAGCUAAAAUGAUGAAGAUAUUUUUGUUGUUUUCUCUAAAAGAGCUGAGCCAUUUCUUCUGCCACGUGCCCGUAUGUCUAAAGACACUUAUAAAAAGGAAAAGCCCAUUCGGGCCCAGGUUCUGCACAUUGUGCCAGUAAAGUAAUCAAAACACCUAGCGCUAGCCAGACACUUAAAACAUAUUAAUUGGUGUCAUGCAGUGUGGUGGUGUUCCCCGACUUUACUCACUUAACCAGUGAGGACACCGUUGGCCUGUAGGGUCACAGGCUCCCUCGGGGCCCCACACCCUGGCAAGGUGGUCCACCAGGCAUGCCUUGUGCCUGGAGGGGAAACAGCAGCCCCUUCCUUCAGGCCCGGAGUUGAGUGUCUACCCCAUGCCAAGGCCUCCCCUUGUAGGGAUCAGAAGCGUUUUCAGAGCCCUGUGUGUAACCACCCGACUCGCUGUGCUCGCAGGUCUGCCAGGACAGAAGUUUACAGUCCUAUCUGCUUAACGACCUCAGUCAUGGGCUGUUAAAAGCCUGUUCUGGCUGAUAUCUGUUGCGGUGUUCGUGUGGCUCUGCACACACUUCCUGAUUCUAUCUGACCCACGUAGUUCCAGAUAGGAUCUCCAGCUCCUUUUGUAGCUGGUGUGUAAGAGAACAUCAUUGUCUUUCAGGCUGGCCUAGCCCCAAUCUGUAAGAGCACACGAUGUAAGAGGCUCUGGUGACGCAGCUGGAGGCAGCAGCCCACCACCCCAUUCUGGGAAAUCAGAGCCCUGGCAGCAGCCAACCACCCCAUUUAGUGUCUGUAUGCGCCCAUAUGUCUGAAGACACUUAUAAAAAGGGAAAGCCCAACUGGGCCCAGGUUCUAAACAUUAUAAGUGCCAGUUAAGUAAUCAAAACACCUAGUGCUAGCCAAACACUUAGAACAUAUUAACUUGUUUCAUGAGGUGUGGUGGUCUUCCCCCCACGUUACUCACUUAACCAGUAAGGACACUGCUUCAGGGGCACAUUAAGUAGUGUCAGUUGCACUACCCCACUGAUACACUCACACCUUGCCAACACACAAGAAGCCGCGGCAGGGUGUACCUCUUAUGUGGGAUACAUACCCUGUGGUCUCACGCCGUUCUACCGUAAAGGGAUAGAGCAGGGCUGAUGAGAAGACAGACUUGUAGGAAGAAUCGGGCGAUCCUGGGCUAGCAAGACCCUCAGGAGGUCAUCCUGUGUAAGCAGGGCCAUAGCUGACCCACCCUUCCCCGGGCCACCAGUCCCUAGCCUGGCUCCCAUUGGCCCUUGGCAGAAGAGUAGGGGGCUGAUGACCUCCUGUGUCUUAACGUGCUCCCUGAUCACUGUCUAACCCGACUCCCUCUUGCUGCUUUUCAGCCCUGUCUGCUGCCUCAGUAGAGAGGCAGGCGAGGUGGUCGCUGGCAGGCUUUCUAGUCCCUUUGCUGAGAGACUGUUUUGGAACUCUUUUCUCACUAGUGUACAGACGGUAAUGCCAUCGGAAGAGGGAAGGGGCUGGGCGAGGCAGGGAACCCGGCCCUUAGGAGUCAAGCCCAAGGCCUGGCAACCUUUGCUUUUAAAAACCCACAGCAGGGCUGUGUCACCAUAAGAGAGUCUCAGCCAUGUAGCCCAUACGGGAUCCCGCACGCAGCUGUCCUGGAUACGUGUUUGUGUCCAAGGCAGCGAGCAUGUCAAGAUGCAGCCCUGUUGUAGAAUUCUUGAUGUUCACAGAACCCAGACACCCCCAGCAGCAAUGGGGACCUUCAGACCUUGGAUCUCUCCCAUGGCUGGCAGCCCACUCAGGCAGGUCUUCACCCAAGAGCCACUUCCCAGGGCACAGUAGGGAGAGGAUGGCCAAAGGGAAAGUAAGAUACUGAAGACAAUUUUUUCUUU